CGAAAAACUGGUGGAGCAGAAGAACUCCCAAAAUACGAUUCUUCAAAGACUAUAACUCUUGGCCACGACUAGCCUAUGCAUCGACCAGCCUGAAACAUACUAUACCACGAACGACCAGAGGUUACAAUCGAUUACAACCCCUCAUCGACAUGUUUUACAACGCGUCAAAAGGCAAAGUGUUGAAUGAACAAAGGCAAACCUCUGCCCUUGGAGAUAAAUGGCCAUCAGUGGCGCAUUCCAUGUUGAAUAUGAGCAGUUUGCAAGAAGUCGAUAACAAAGUCUCUGUUCUGUUAUUGUUGAUUGUUACCACGGCUCCUUCGAGAUUUGACAGAAGAGAAGCAAUCAGAGCAACGUGGUGGAAAAACUGCGAUGGAGCUGAGGUCAUGUGCAAGUUCUUCACCGAUGGUCUCCAGUUGACUAAAGAGCUACAGAAAAAUCUCUCCGCGGAGCAGAAGAUUCACAGGGAUAUCGAGUUUAUGCCAUUUGAAGAAACAAGAAUUUUUGGAAUACGCUUCUUGUACCAGAUAAUGUGGGCGAAAGCAAAAUAUGAAUUCAAAUUUAUGUUACACAUGGAUGACGACUACUUUUUAUGCUUGGAAAAACUUAAAUCGGAGUUGUACCACAGACCGAAAAAAUCACUAGUUUGGGGUUCAUAUCACUGCUCAUUUAAAGACAUCAUUUAUGUCGAUGAAGCGUGGAUAAUAUUUUCUUCGGACGUUAUAGAGCAGUUCCUCUCUCAAGAUCCACAAACCAUUUUAUGCCAUCCACAUAGCGAUCAACAAAUUGCAGUUUGGCUCAGUACUUUGUAUGGCAGUAAGAAGAGCUUGAUAGAAUUUCACGAUGGAAGGCUUCACCACUACCCGCCAGCAAGAAAACUAGACAAAUUCAAUAAUUUACCACAGGUUUGUGACAAUUUCCUUGGAGUGCACGGAAGCUCGCCAGAAAUGAUAAAAAAGUUUGGGCGCAACAGCGCUGAUAGGCGUCGUAUUUUAAAACUUCCAAAAUUAACUCGUAUAACGGAGACGUGCCAUUUUCCUAAUGUGUUUAACAUCUCUAAAGUUGCUGGAAUGUAUCAGUUUGAUUUGAGACCGUGUAUAACAAACCCACGAUGGACACCCGGUGAAGGAAUGUGGCGUGGUACACAAUGAGAUCAGCAGCAGAAAAAGAUUAGCAUAAAGAAGAGAAACUGCAUCGAUCUGACCGCCGAAUGACUCCGUCUUGUGUCACAUAACCAAAAUCGUCCUUCUAAAACGGAUUCAUUUAACAAUAAACUAGAGGAGGAAACUCAGAUGUAGUGCAUACCAUUAACAUCGCGUUCUGCUAGGCUUGGAAGAGGUGUUAAUCACGUAUUAUGUUCGUAAGAGCAAUUUGUAAUGGAGUGUCGCAAGUUACUCGAGAUUGCACUAACUCUGCUGUGAUUGGUCUAGAAAACUCAUGCCACCCUCUCAACCAAUCAGAUGCAAAACUUGAACCAAUCGAGACUAGGUUUCUCGCGUUUUCCCGCCCUUCAGACAGUAGGCCCAUUUUUACCUUGAGAUUUCAUUGGCUCCUUAUGAGAUUUUCCUUUGUUCUGGUGGGCUGUUGUGAUUUCUUUUCCACGAAUAGCAAGUAGCCUCUAUGACUGCGUCUGUUUCUGUUUACAGACCCAGCUUCCCUCGAUUUAUAACUCCACAAUUUGAAUUAAAUAAUCAAAAAUUUACCUCGGAUGAAAUUCAAGUCAAUAUAUGAUCCUUGAAGGG